AUGGACUCACCUCCUCAUUCUCCUCAAACCUCCCCUCUCCAAGUCUCGCCCUUGGCAAUGCGGCCUCCAAACCCUGAUUCGCCUCCACAACAAACCCCUCCACCGCCUUCCACAACCACCUAUAAGAGGAAAAUCAGGUCAAAAUCCACCCGACCCAUGGCUUCUGCACCACCUCUUGCAAAACGCACAGAACCACCCACCACUCCACUAUCAGAGCCUCCACCUAAAAACCCCAAAACUUCAACCUCCACACGACAUGAGGCUGGCGUUUCUACCUCUACCCCACAGGCUAAAUCACCCUCUUCCAGCAAAAAGCAAAUGUCAGCAGCAUCACAGGUAUCAAAACUACCUUGGCCCCUUCCUGAUGCAGCUCACAAGGCAGCCUUUAAGAGACUUAAGGAAAGGAGGGUGCAACCUACAAGGUACAUUUCUGUGGAUGCCCUCCAAUCAGUUGGUUUAUUUGAUAAUGUUGUUGCCUACCUUGAUGGGUACCAUGUACAGGGGUAG